GGGGACGAGCACGAGCCUCUGAUAUGCGCGGCAGCAUCACUGUCGCGCUCGAGGACCGUCCCGUUUCUCUUCUCGUGAUUGCUGCCUCUCCUCUUCUCCUUCCUCUCUUAUAUUUAUCUGAGAGUUUUGUUUGUGUGUUUUUUGGGGGGUGUUGUUUCCUUCCAAAGAUGGCCUGUAAGGGGCUCCAGCGAGGGGAAACCCUGACGUCGCUGAAGAAUGAGAGCGAGUCUCUGAAGAAGAAGCUGGAGGAGGAGCGGGUCAAGCUCAACGACGUGGAGCUGCACCAGGUGGCUGAGAAAAUCGAGGUGCUGGGAGCUCUGUCCUUAAAGACCAGACGUGUGCUGAAGGGUCAUAGCAACAAGGUGCUGUGUAUGGACUGGUGUAAAGACAGACGCCGUAUCGUUAGCUCCUCACAGGAUGGAAAACUGAUUGUCUGGGAUGCUUUUACUCUAAAUAAGGAACAUGGGGUCAGCCUGCCGUGUACAUGGGUAAUGGCGUGUGCUUAUGCUCCUUCAGGGUGUGCUGUGGCUUGUGGCGGAUUGGAUAACAAGUGCUCCGUGAUUCCGCUGUCACUGGACAGCAACGAAAACUUGGCUGCAAAGAAGAAGUCUGUCGCCAUGCACACCAACUAUUUAUCAGGAUGCACCUUCACCAACUCGGACAUGCAGCUCCUGACCUCCAGUGGUGACGGUACAUGUGCGUUGUGGGAUGUAGAGAGCGGGCAGCUGCUGCAGAGUUUCCAUGGACACACAGCUGAUGUCUUGUCCCUGGACCUCGCCCCAUCGGAGACUGGAAACACUUUUGUCUCUGGGGGGAGUGAUAAGAAGUCCAACGUGUGGGACAUGCGCUCUGGACAGAACGUUCAGUCUUUUGAGAGCCACGAGUCUGACGUCAACUGUGUGAAGUACUACCCCAGUGGAGAUGCAUUUGCUUCUGCUUCAGAUGAUUCCACAUGCCGUUUCUAUGACCUGCGAGCUGACCGUGAGGUAGCCGUCUACCAGAAGGACAGCAUCAUAUUCGGUGCCUCCACUGUGGACUUCUCUCUAAGCGGUCGUCUGCUCUUCGCUGGUUAUAACGACUACACCAUCAAUGUGUGGGAUGUUCUAAAGGGAACUCGUGUCUCAUGCCUCUUUGGCCACGAGAAUCGCAUCAGCAGAGUCAGAGUGUCGCCUGAUGGCACGGCACUCUGCUCUGCCUCCUGGGACAACACCUUACGGAUUUGGGCGUAGAGUUUGUGUCACAGUCCUGAUCCAUAAAAAGACAGCACCAGCAUCAUGUGAAUGACUUGACAGCAAGUCCCUCCCUGCCAAUAUUCAACACUACUGCAGAAAUGUGAAGAAACCACCUCAAAUAUCUCCUCUGAAUGAGGAUAUAUCAGUUCAUAAUCAGACUUUCUUUAUAAGGUAUUUAUUUCAUUAGACAUUUGAUCAUGUUCUGAGUCCUAAUCGUUGUUGUUAUCCUUAGCUUGAUGACAGACUGUAUAAUUAUUUAAUGAUUGUCACUAAUAUAGGAGGAAUAAUUGUCAGUGUAAAGAGCCAAAAUGACCUGUAGUAACCAGCAGCUUGUUGCUUAAAUCUACAGACAUCAAUAAUCAUCUUGUAAAUUAUGUGUAUCAGUUCACUGUCAUCUGUCCUGAGACACACACCUGUCCGCAACACCACACUGUAGGUGUACACACUAUUGUUGUUGUUUAUGUGUCACUUACCACAUACCACUAAUUUAAAUGAAGCCACAGAUUGUUCUCAUUUAAUAUACAUACCAAGCAAUUUAGGAGAUAUCUUGUGAGAAAAAUAAAGAAGACUUUAAGUA